GUCCUGCUGCUGAGAAACGAUUUUAUGCCCUGAGGCAGCGCUUUGGAAAAGAGCGGAGGAAAGUCGUGCAGUCUAUGCCAAGGUCUGGAGCUGGAGCUGAUCAGCCCACAUACACACCCACUUGGGUGCUCUACAAGGAUCUGACAUUCCUGGAGGACAUCAUCAAACCUAGAAAAACCUCAUCCAACUACAAGUCCAAAGCUGUUCGUACAAGUUCCUCGGUCCAGUGUACGCCUGCUCCUUCUGAUAGUCAAGUAACAGUAUUAUGCACAAUUCCCCCCUUCUCUGCUACAAGCCCAGACACGUCUAGUUCGAUUAGUUCUUGGAAUUGGGACUUGCAUACAAGACUCGCAAAUACUGAUGAGAGUUCUACAGAAGUAUCUGAGGAUCCCUAUUCACCACCUCCUCUUGCAAUACUACCUCCUGCAACACCACCUGCUGCAACACUACCUCCUGCAACACUGCCUCCUGCAACAUUACCUUCUACAACACUACCUUCUACAACACUACCUCUUCCAACACUACCUCCUGCAACACCAAUAUCUGCAGUUACUUCGAGGUCUGAAAGCAACAUUUCACAGGUGCAUAGGGCUAUGUCCAAGAUCACUACCAAGCGCAAGGUGCCUCCACCUGAUUCCUUUGCAACCAGAAAACGACAGGAGAUAGAAGCUGUCAAUAAGUCCUUCAUUGAGCAGAAUAAGGAACUGACAGACCUUGCAGCGAAGAUCGGUGAAGCAAUUACGACUCAAUCUGCACAGCCAAGUGCCCCGUCAGCAGUUGUUAGCAAUGCAUCUCCUGGUGUUCAGCCCAUGCUGAGUGCCAUAGGAUUCGCAUUAAGUGCAAUACCCGAGCAUGCUCUGCUUGAAUGUCUCAUUAGUGUGUUGCAACACAUUAAUGAUUUCUCUAAAACAAGAGUGGACAAGCACAGUGAAGCAAGAUUGGGAUAGCUGUGAUUUUUGCUAAAAUUUUUAAUUUACUUACUGUAAUUUAUGGCCGAUAAUUAUAAUUAUAUACGACUCGAGAUAUUUUUUCAAAGCAAUUCCACGUAAUCAAGUUGUUGAGGAUGACUAUAAACCAAAAAAGUUUUACUUAGAGUUACGUAAAUUGGCUUUCAGUUGGAGUAUAAAUUCGAAACGCAGAUCUUAACUCUUUUCUUUUCAUGUAGAAACGCAGGUGACGAUAAUUAUUCGAUUUUGAAGGGAAUAGUGCCUGUAAAUGUAACAAAUGUAUUCCUAGAUACGUUCAUUGGAAUACACGUAUAUAAAUAUACUAUCUGAGAUGUAAGCACAGUCGGGAUGAAACAAAGCUAAACAUUAGUAUUAAUUAACGGGAGACGUAAUGUGGACGAAGAUUUUUGUACAGCUGAAAAGUACUAUUUAAUGUGCUGUAGGCGCGCGAAUGCGUUAUUUCUUUUCUUUUUAGUACAAAAUGCGUUGCAAUGCAUUGCGAGUUGCCACGUUCCACUCUCUUCUACUUAAAGAUACUAAAGAUUAUAUUAUCGGUCAUAAAAAUUAAUGUUUUUAAUUUACUUAUUGUCUAUAAUUAUAUUUAAUAUUAUAACACAUGCGCAACUUUGCUUAGAACAAAAGGUUUUGUUCGUGAUGAUUUUCAUAAAUAAACUGUAAAGUCGAGAUUUAUAGGAUAGUUGUAGGUUUUUUUUUCUUUUUUUUAUCGGUCGUGUGAGAAGCGACCAGGUAGCAAGGUGUAGUUGGACUUUUUUUUUUAGAAAACGCUCGAAAAAUUUUCAUUGUAACGCCGUUUCCAGUGCAACUGCGAUCGUCCGAUCGCGCAAGUGAGUGCCUUUUGUAAACUUCGAUUGUCUUCCAUAUUACAAUGAAUAGGCUACACAGUAUGAAAGGCAGGAGAGAAUGAUGAUGAUACUAAAAGAGAGAGAAAGAGAGUGUGAGUUGAUAAGAAUCAAUAACGAGAGAAAUGGACAAUAAUGCGAGAAAAGAGUGUGAUUGAGUGCGUGUUGCGUUUUAAAAUAAGUGUAUGAAGAAAUAAGUAGAAAUAUAUUUUAUAUGUAUAUAUUUUAUAAAAUAUAUACGUGAUAUACACGAGAGAUAUCUACACACACGCAUACACAAAGAGACACAAACACACACUUCCACUGUAGACCAAAGCAUCGAGUUUAAACUGUGUUGGUUGUAUUGGAGGAUGUAUUGGAGGUUUUGUAUUUGGAGGAUAAUAAGUAAAAAAUAAAUGUUAUCGCAAUUAA